AGCGCACGACUUUGUAUGAUAUGAUAUGGCUGAACUAGAAUCACCCUGGGUGCUGCUAUCAUUGCAAGCAAGUGGAGCAAUUUCAACAACGGAGAUGUUACCAGACGGGCCGCCGACAACUGCAUCCACAGUUACGUUGGACCCUACAGUCAUGCGUUCGUACCUCCUUGCUCUUCUUCCUCCCAUCCUCGGAGUAGAACAGAGUGAGUUCGAAGAUCAAGUAUUCGAUGCGGAAUUUGAAGAACGGGUGGCACGGUUUGCGUGCGAGGGAGGCUCACCGUUGUGUAUCGUGAAGAGGAAAGUGGAGGCAGAAGGUAAUUCUCCUCAAAUCUAUCGUUACCAAGUAACUUCGACCCUGACGUACUCGCCUGCCCACGUUCUAACCGUCUUACUCAUCAAACGCAGUGCAAUUCUCGAUCCGAGGUUACCACUUGCUCAACAGUUGCAUGUAAUCAACUUGUUUGGUGAUGACGGGGAACCAUAUGAGAAUUUGCACUCAGUAAUUAGCAGAGUGGCGAAACCGUGGUAUGAGGCAUUUGUCGGGGCGCAAUGCAGCGGAAAAGAUGGAUAUGGUAAAUUGGGUAUACCGAUAAUAAAGAAGAGAUUUGCCAAACUGGAGUCGUCGCUUCUCCUGCUCCAUCAAAACGUUGAAAUCCCAGAAGUGCACCUAACUAUUCACCCCGUCAUUCAACGUGUGGUUGAGCAGGCUCAUGCUCAGAAUGUCGGCCCGAAGAUUUCUUUCAUACCCUCAGAGAUUCUUAACGACGCGGCGUUCCUUUACACGCUGGAAUCACAUUCGAAAAUGUGGAUGAAGUCUAUUCAGGCUGUUACGCAGCUGUCCCGAGAUGUGUCCUCUAGGACUGCGUCACAGGAAAUCAACUUCUGGUUAGGCUUGGAGCAAGCGCUGGAGGCGAUUAAUGGGCAGCUACGAAACGAUGAAGUCAACAUGACGAUAGAAUGUUUACGCAACGCGAAGCGGCUCGACUCGGCGGCCGCCUUCGUCGCAGAUACUGGGUUGUGCGAUGCUAUGGACGUGGCGCGCCGAUACAACACUCUCAUGCAGGAUUUUCCGCUAAACGAGUUAUACUCGGCUUCCGACAUUAAAGGAAUUGGGAAGGCCGUCAGACUCAUAUUCCGUCACUUCAAUCGCAAGUUUAAGGGUUCUUCCUAUCCUGUCUGGCGUGCUCUUUCCCUCAUCGAAGCCAUUUCUGGUGAUUUCAACGCUACAUUGCUCCGUGUACUCGCUUCAAGUCGUCUUGCCGAUCAAUCGUAUAGCACUUUCGACCGAUUAAUGUCACAGACUAUGGAUGUCUUUCGAAUAUGGGAUGAUGAGAUCAAGGAUUUGAAGUGUGCUACGCGCGAGGUCCUUCGUAGGCGUGCUGAACGCUUCGUUCCCAUUAAGAUUCGACCUGCACACGCGAAGUUGCGAGAACGAAUUCGGUGUCUUCGAGAAUUGCGGAGAGAGCAUUAUCAGCUUGCCACCAUGACUAAUCGCAAAUUGUGUCCCGGAACUAUGAGGGAUGAGCAUUCUGGAAUAGAUAUGCAGGGGGUGAAGGAAGCGUAUGAAAUCAUCAAGAAGGUUGAUAUCCUCGAUGUUUCGACAGAGGGUACUAAAAUCUGGACAGCCGUAAUGAAUGCAUACAAGGAGAGAGUUGCUCUUCUCAAGCAUUAGUUUAUCCCAAUUUCAGCGGACCUGGGCUUAUUGAACGUUCACAGCGAAUGAACAGACCUACCACUUCGAGAUCUCCGUCUGAGUAUUAAUAUAUGCUCUGCAUUCUAUCGACAAACAGCAACAGUUGCUCUUCUUUGAAACUGCUUUUUCUAAAUGUACUAAUACAUUUCGGUAUUGCAACCCCCAAUCCUUCUUAUUACACAUGGAAAGCACGCGUCCACAUAUUGGACACAGAGCUGCGGCCUUUGCCUGGCUCUUGCCAGAGGAUGAGGACGCAUUUUCACUUUGUGGGUCGCUGCGGCCGAUGUUUGAAAGGUCAUUAGUCUCAUGCCUUGAAGAAAUUUGGCAAAGAUAUUGGAGGUUCU